CGUUGCUGCUCAAAAGAAAUGCAGUUCAGAGCCUUAUCCCCGUCAUUCUUUGAACAAUCAACAUGGCUUCCAUGAACUCAACUGAACAUAGUUCUAUGACUCAAAACGAAAGCGAGUAUACGCGCGAUGGAUUCAUGGGACAAGAAGUACUGGAGACUCGGCUGGUAAUUGGGUUAGAUUAUGGUACCACAUUUACUGGCGUAGCAUAUGCUACUCCGUCUGGUGCGCAAUGCGCUCUGGACCAGAUCGAUGUCAUGACCGACUGGGGCCCGCAGAUGGACAAUCACGACAAGGUCCCGAGCGUGAUCUCAUACUCCCGACCAAGUCAGGCCACGGAGCAACAAUGGGGGAGUAACCUCAGUGCCGACGCAGUAUCCAUGGUACAUACAAAACUUGAGCUAGGUUUGCAGGAUGUACUGGGUGAGCUUGAUAUGACCCUUCAGGUUUUGGACGGCAUGAUGGAUCUCAACUUCGAUGCAAUGAUGAUGAGUAGAGGAAACCAGGAUCUCCCGCCAUAUUCCCACAAGAGUCCGGAGGCGAUCGUGACAGACUACUUGACAAAGGUUUUCGAGUGGCUAGAGCAAGAAGUGGAAAAGUUUGGCAGUGUGCUGAGGAAGCAUACCGCUACGGACAUUGUCGUCACAGUGCCCACUGAGUGGUCUUACAUGGCUAUGAACUCAACCUUUCGAGCGCUCUCCAAAGCAGGCUUCAACCAAUUGAACUUUCCGAAGCUAGAAGAGGUGAUGUUCAUCACUGAACCCGAGGCUGCAGCUCUGUACACCGCACGCUACUAUCGGGAUGAGAAGCGGGAAGAGUUUCUUAGGGAACGGGAAUACUUCAUAUUGUGCGAUGCCGGGGGAGGUACAGUAGAUGUAGUCUCUUAUCAAGUUCAGCGACUGUAUCCAUCACUUCAGCUUGAUCAAGUCGGAUUGCCCACAGGCGAGAAAUGCGGCUCGAUUUUCAUCAACCAAAAAUUCAAGGAGUGGAUACGACUAUUACUCGGCGAUGAGGAAUACCGAAAACUCGACCCCAAUCUCGAUAUAGGAAAGAAUGCCUCCCAUGCCUCUGAAACUCCGGCUAUGAGAGCACUCAUGAAGAAGUUCGAUGCUCUGAAGAAGCAUUUUGGCAUGGACUCUCGCGAUCUCCGUUUGACAUUGCCAGAUCCGGUGCAAGAUCUCAACAUUCCCGGGAGAGUUAAUCAAGGAUUGAUCACGAUCCCGAGAAAGGCAAUGGAAAACUUCUUUGAUGCUUGUCUCAUUGAGAUCGUCAAGCUAAUCAAGGAGCACAUCAGAAGAAUCGAAUUACGAGGUAGUCGUCCCAGAAAUCUGUUUCUCGUCGGAGGUUUUGGAGAGUCUGAAUAUUUACAAUGGCAAAUAGAGGAUACACUGAAGGAAGAGGGGUUACUGAUGAAAUUUCGAAGGCCACACGAGUCUUGGACAGCGGUGGUCCAAGGCGCAGUAGUCUGUGGAAUAGAGAAGAAGGGUACCCAGAAUCUGAAGAGAACGAACUCUUGCCGGCAUAGUUAUGCUAUCUGCAUGGACGAGCUUUUCAACAAAGUGCAUCACCUCGAUGAGGAUGCAUUCCAACGCAACGGGACUGCUCAGGCCCGGUCACAGCUCAUUUGGCUACUGAACAAAGGAGACCUGAUUCUCUCUGAUGGGCCUCGCAGAGUGGAAAAGGACAUUGACCUGAAGUUGACAAAAUUCAGACAGGAUACGCUGAAGGUGCCUAUCUUUCGAAACUCGAGUAAUGAGGAGGAACGACCGACACGUUUUGGGAAUGCGCAAGAUGAGCUUGAGUUAGCAUGCGAACUGGUCAUCGACUUGUCGAAAAUCCAGCUUGAGCGCAAUCGACCAGGCCGAAUUCGAAAAUUUGGCACAGAUACCUCCUACCAGGCUACAAUAAAGCUAGUGUUGGAGUUGGAUUGGGACGUCCUGGAGGCUUCCAUCUGGUGGAGUGACAUGGAACUAGCAAGAAGCGCUGUUAAGUAUUAG